ACGCCAGAAAGGCCGCGCCCCACACAGGAAGUGACGUCAGAAAGAACGCGCCACAGCCAGCUUCAUAAUAAAGCGGUUUCGUAACUCGGAGCUAACCACUGGAAAUAUGGAGGCGAGUCAUCCAGACAUGCCCGUGUUUCUCCUUCUUCUACAUGUACAGACGCUUGUGGAAAUCACACAUGAAUACCUUAAGAGAAAGCGAUUGCAGCUAUUUGGGAUACAACACUUCUCAGAUGGCAAGAGAACUUUCCAAUGUCCAGUUUGAUGGUGACAACAUGUACAUGAAUGAAAACAACCACGAGUUCCUCCCGCCCGCCCAGCAGAGCUACACAGGUCAGACUGGUGGUAGCGGUGGUGCUGGAGGAGGAGGAGGAGGAGGAGGAGGUGGCAGCAGCGGCUCGGCAAGUGGUAACGGAGCCGGGGACGAGGACUACGAGAUCCCCCCCAUCACUCCGCCCAACCACCCGGAGCCUCCUCUUCUUCACCUGAUGGAGCAUGACUCGGCAGGCUACCUGUGCCACUCGCUGUCACAUAACGGCCUCAUCAACCCGUAUUCGUACCCGGAGCUGCCCACGCUCAUGAUGUCCAACAUGCUGGCGCAGGACGGACAACUGGUCUCCAGCCAGAUGCCCUCAAUGCACGAGAUGGCUUUGCACCACCAUCACCACCACCAACAACAACAACAUCAUCAUCAACACCAUCACCAGCACCCAGACGCCGUUCGUUACGAGCACGCUCGUCACCACCACUCCCUGAUUAACAGCUCACCUCCGAUACUGUCCAACCCCAUGAGCGCGCUGUCCCAGCUUAACCCUCAGUUCAGCCGGAGCGCACUGCCUCACGGUUCCCCCUCACCACCUGGGAGUAAAUCGGCUACUCCUUCCCCUUCCAGCUCCAAUCAGGAGGAGGAGACUGAUACUCAUUUGAAGAUCACGGGCGAGAAACGACCAUCUUCCGAGAUGAUGAAGCCCAAGCCCAAGCCUCAGAAGAAGAAGAAGAAGAAGGAUCCCAACGAGCCCACGAAGCCCGUGUCUGCGUACGCCCUGUUCUUCAGAGACACCCAGGCGGCCAUCAAGGGACAGAAUCCCAACGCCACCUUCGGGGACGUGUCCAAGAUAGUCGCGUCCAUGUGGGACGGACUGGGAGAAGAGCAGAAGCAGAACUACAAGAGGAAAACGGAGGCUGCAAAGAAGGAGUACCUGAAAGCAUUGGCUGCCUACAGAGCCAGUCUGGUUUCCAAGACGUACAACGACCCCACGGAGCCGAAAAGUGCCCAAUCAAGCCAGGCCUCCCCGCACAUGAUGCCAACCAACCCGUCCCUGUACAGCGUGCCACACCCACCCCAGCCGUCGUCCCCCUACCUGGGUCCCGGCGCCUUCCCCCUCGCAGACCUGCAGAGCUACGCGGGCCACGCCCCUCGCCACGCCCUCUCGCAGACGCUCAGCCAAUCGCAGAUGCUGCCCAGCAUUAGUGCCUCUCCCCCUUCCCCCUUCCAGAUCAGCCCGCCCCUUCACCCCCACCAGCAGCUGUCCCUGCACCAGAGCUCGCUCCUCAACCAGCCGAUCCGCAUGCAGCAGGUCCAGUCCCAGCCAAUCAUCUCCCACCAGAUGGGACUGCAGGCUUCCCUUCACUCCCCGCCCCCUCCUGGCCAGCAGGCGUACUCCCACCUCCAGUCAGAGUAUCAGAAGAGCAUCGGAGGCUCCCAGUCUCCAGGUGCACCUGGUCCUGGUCCUGGUCCUGGCCAUGACUGGGACAGUGAAUACUGCAAUCGGGAGUGUGGCAACCACUGCAGUGGCAGCAUGAUCGGCAGGGACAAGCCCCUCUACCUCACCUGAGCCUCAUCAAACAUCAAGGCGGCGACCAAGCGAGGAGUCCACUCUCACCCUCUCCGUGACCCCCCCAGCUGACACGCGUGUACAUACGUUACAUACUUUCUUUAGUUCUCCUCUCGCGACGGGGACUUUUGGGACGAGAGCGACUUUUUUCCCAUAUUAGCCUGUGGUUUGAAGUCGCCUGAUGCACUUAAGAAGCCCCGCCCCCUCCCCUUUCAGACCCCUCCACUCUGGUAGCUGGGCUGUAGAGCGCUCCUCUUUUGUGUCCCCUCAGGGACCCCCAUCCAGCUUUAAUUAGAGUGCACAGGAAAACAUUAUUUUCUUGUUCUCCUUACUCUUUUAUUUAUUUCCGCUUUGCAAAGUUUCCCCUCGUACUGAACAGAGAUCUUUACUUCGACUAGUUCUUUUGUUUUUUUGUUUUUUUUUUGCUUAAGGGUCUGCAAGAAGCGACAGAAAAAAGAAAAAAAAGCAGCGGGGGAAUUUAAACUAAAUAAUGGUAUUUUUUUUGUUUUAUUUGAAAUAUUAAAAGACCCGUGGAGGUCGUCUGAGCUGUCACAGUGUGAUUGUAAAUACAACUUUUAUGGGAUCAAUUCAAAGGAAGUCCACAUCGAGUUUGUUCUUCUUCUGCAAAACUACAGUGUAAGUCAUUGAGCGUGUGUGUGUGUGUGUGUGUGUGUGUGUGUGUGUGUGCGGGCGUUAGAUCGUUCAUGAUGUGUGAGAUUGAUUGAAGGUUUUGGCACUCUCGUUCUUGCAUUGCAUUUGUGCUCACUGGUAUUUUUUUUUUUUUUUUUUUUAAACACGCGUGUUAUAAAGUCAUUGGAAAGACAUAACAGUCAAAUAACAACCCAUUUUUUUCCCUACCAAAAAAUUAAUUCUGUUUCUCGGACAUUUAUAAUUAAAGUAUACUCACAUUGCAUUAAUUUUUUUAUUUUGCUGUUUUUAUCGCCCGACUGUAGCAUUGUUGUUUUUUUUUUUUCAGUUGUUACCAUAUUUAAGUGUGUAAAAAAAAAAUGCAAAUAAGAAAUAGACAAUUGCCAAUUGUAGUUAUAUUAUUUGUGAAGCCAGUCAUUUUUACUCAAUGUCUUCUCUCUCUUUUUUUUUUUUUGCAAGCUGCCCAUCAUCUACUUAAAAUGUUUUUUGUUUGGUUUUAUUUUUAGAACGGAUGUUUUUUUAUAUUAUUAAAAAAAAAAGGUGUGAUACAAGUAAAAAAUUCUUUAAAAUAGUUUUUUUAUUUAUUAAAAUUAAUUAGUUGUUUUUUUUUACUACAAUAUAAUUUUUUAAUUGAAAUAAACCAACAUUAAAAAUAAGUUGAAGGUGGUAUGUAAAAGUGUAUUGCCCUUUUUAGACUCCCUCAUUUCACUUGCUAAAAUAUAAGACAUGCCACAACGUUCUUUAUUUUUAUUUAUGAACAAAUUACUUUUUUCUUUUUUUUUUCUCAUUUCAAUGGAAGUUAUUGUUGCUGUCCCACUUUUGGUUCGAUGCAAUGCUGAUCAGUGUUUUGUACAAUGUAGCUGCUGCUUCCUUUCAUUUGCCAGCAGCACCUUUGUGUGUCACAAUGCUUCUUUUUAUUUCCAAUCCUGCAUACGACGAUGAUGAUAAUAAUAAUAAUAAAAAAAAUGUUUUAA